AUGGAGGCCGCAUCAGCUCGAGCUGCGGCCCGAGACCGCUGGGGCGAGAUGGGCGCUCCCACCCCAUCGCAGCUGCAGCGCUUCAUCCAAGCUGCCUGUAGCCCCGAGAAUUAUGAGCCGAACCUUGCUCUCAACCUGGAGAUUGCCGACCUGAUUAAUUCCAAGAAAGGCUCCGCCCCGCGCGAGGCCGCCGUCGCCAUCGUCAGCUACAUCAACCACCGCAACCCCAACGUGGCUCUAUUGGCGCUGAACCUGCUCGACAUCUGUGUUAAGAAUUGCGGCUAUCCUUUCCACUUGCAGAUCAGCACCAAGGAGUUUCUCAAUGAGUUGGUCAGGAGGUUCCCCGAGCGGCCGCCGAUUCGAGCGACGAGGGUGCAGAUGAAGAUCUUGGAGGCUAUCGAGGAAUGGAGGAGUACGAUAUGCGAAACGAGCAGAUACAAGGAGGAUUUGGGCUUCAUCCGCGACAUGCACCGCCUGCUGAGCUACAAGGGCUACACGUUCCCCGAGGUCAGGCGAGACGACGCCGCGGUGCUGAACCCCAGCGACAACCUGAAAUCAGCCGAAGAAAUGGAGGAGGAGGAGCGCGAGGCGCAAUCAGCCAAGCUUCAGGAGCUUAUCCGACGAGGAACCCCCGAAGAUCUGCAAGAGGCCAAUCGCCUUAUGAAAAUCAUGGCCGGCUAUGACACUCGCUCCAAGACCGACUACCGCGCUAAGGCCGCGCAAGAGGUUGCGAAAAUCCAAGCCAAGGCUCGUCUGUUGGAAGAGCGGCUCGAAGCUUUCCAACAGGGUGACACGAUGAAGGACGGCGAUGUCUUCUCAGAGCUUGCUGCCGCCCUGCAAAGCGCACAGCCCAAGAUUCAGAAGAUGUGCGAAGAAGAGUCGGACGACCACGAGGCCGUCGCAAAGCUUCUUGAGAUCAACGAUAGCAUACACCGAACCGUUGAGCGGUAUAAGCUUAUGAAGAAGGGCGAUCUGGAGGCGGCCAAGAAGGUGGCCAGUGGCGCGCCCCUACCAACAACAUCUGGCUCGUCCAAGAGCGCAGCGCAAGAGUUGUCUCUCAUUGAUUUUGAUGGAGAGGCGGAUGCUACAAAUGGCUCGUCCUCUGAGCAGCCAGCAUCGCAGUCUACAGGAGUUGAAAAUGACCUACUUGGCCUGUCCAUGGACGACUCCAACAGCUAUGGCCAAGGAGGUGCUCUGACUCUCGGCUUUGGGGCCAAUUCAAACAUCCCAGGUCCAGCUCUGCUCUCUUCCAUGACGGAGGACAACAGCGCCAAAGGCCCCAUGAGCAAAACAACAACACCCCAGCCACCAUCUUUCUCUCAAUUUGCUUCCUUCACGUCCCCCGCUGCGUCCCAGUCUGGUACGCCCCAGCCGUCUGUAAUGUCUGCAUUUAAGCCGCCUCAGCAAGCCGCGGCCCCGUCGUCUGAUCCUUUUGCUGCCCUUGGAUCCCCUGCUUUCUCUUCAAAGCCUUCUACCCCAGCUCCUGCUUCCCAGCCCGCGCCAGCUGCAAAUGAUGAUGAUGAAUGGGCCUUCUCAUCGGCGCUCCCCCCUGAACAACCUAGCCUUCCGAAGGAACACCGCGCAACCAUUAGCGAAUCCACCGUCAAGAUCGAGAUGAUGGCUGGUAGAACCGGACCCGGCAACUCUCUCAACUUCAGUUUUGCAUUCUCGAAUAACUCCGCUCAACCCGUGACCGAGCUUCACUUCCAGCUCGCCGCGACAAAGGGCUACGAACUUCAACUCAAGCCCCAGACUGGGCGCGCCUUAGAGCCUAAGCAGAGUAGGGGCGUGACACAGGCUGCAGAAGUGUGGCACGCAGGAGACAAGAACCGUAAGGUGCAAUCUAUCAAGCUGCGGUGGAGGGCAUCGUACAAGGUGGGGUCGGAACAGAAGAACGAGAUGGGGGAGAUCCAAGAGUUCAGUAUCGCAUGA